AUGAUGACAAGCCAGCACAACAACUCUUCCCAUCUUCCAAAAAUUGACGGCUUAACCAAAGAACAGGUGGAGGAAUUCAAAGAGGCCUUCGAAUUGUUCGAUAAAGACGGCGACGGUCGAGUUACGGCCUUAGAGCUGGGGAUCGUGAUGCAAUCGUUGGGGCACACGCCAACCGAACAGGAGCUAAUUGAUAUGGUAAACGAGAUCGAUGAAGAUGGAAAUGGGUCGAUUGAGUUGGAGGAGUUUGUAAAAAUGAUGUCGAGGAAAGUCAAGGACACGGAGACCGAAAAGGAAUUGCAAGAGGCAUUCCAAGUGUUCGACAAGGAUAACGACGGCUACAUCUCGGCCGUGGAGUUGCGAUUUGUGAUGAUGAAUUUGGGGGAGGAUUUGAGCGAGGACGAGGUUUACGAAAUGAUCAAAGAGGCCGAUCUGGAUGGCGAUGGGAAAGUCAAUUUUACGGGUAAGGGUUUUUUCAUCGUUUUUAAAUUUUCACGUAAAAUUUGGGCCAAAUUUCAUCAACAUUGGAAAUUUUGAUAUUAUAAUAUUAAUCUCGUAAUUUUUCCAAUUUUCAGAAUUCGUCUACAUGAUGCGUGGCAAGGUCUAA